AUGGACAAUAACAACCUCACCACAGUAACCGAAUUCAUUCUCAUGGGCUUUACUGACUAUCCAGAGUGGGAGAUUUCUCUUUUUCUGGUGUUUCUCUGUUUCUAUCUGGUCACCAUCCUGGGGAACUUGGGCAUGGUCAUUCUUAUCCAGAUGAAUCUCCAGCUUCAGACCCCAAUGUAUUUCUUCCUGAGUCAUCUCUCUGUAAUGGAUGACUGCUACACCAGUGUCAUCACCCCUCAGAUCCUGGCCAUGCUGGCCACAGGGAAAGAAGUUAUCUCCUAUGGUCAUUGUGCUUCCCAGUUCUUCUUUUUCACCUUCUGUGAAAGUACAGAAUGUUUCCUGUUGUCAGUGAUGUCCUAUGAUCGCUAUGUUGCUAUUAGCAAUCCUCUGCUCUACACUGUGACCAUGAGUCCUAAAAAAUGCUGGAAUUUGGUACUGGGAGCCUGUAUAUGUGGGUUAUCUGGGUCCAUUCAAAGAACCACAUGUACCUUCUCCCUCUCCUUUUGUGAAGACAAUAAGAUCAACUUUUUCUUUUGUGACCUUCCAUCCCUGCUGAAGCUGGCCUGCAGUGACACAACAAAUGCUGAAAUUAUAAUUGUUUUGUGUGGGAAUUUUGUCAUCUUGGUGAAUACUUUAGUCACACUCAUUUUCUAUAUGCAUAUGAUUAAACUUAAAAUGUCUUCUUUAUGA